AUGUAUAACAAAAUUUGGUGGUUGUCGGUUGCUUCAGUGCUUGUAAUUGCAACAGCUCUGACAACUUACGAAGAGAACUUCGACGAAGGCAACGAUCUUGAUGUGCCGAGUGAAAGGAAGGGAAAGAUUUUGUUCCCGUUUAUAAGUAUCGUUCGCUUCGCUAACACUGACUGUGCCAGUGCAAAUACUAUGAAUGGAAUAUGUCUAGCUCGACGGGAGUGUAACAAUCUGAAUGGAACGAUAACAGGGACAUGUGCUGCACGCAGAGGCAGAUGUUGCGUAGUCUCACGGAGUUGCGGCAGUACUACAAAUGUGAACAAUACUUACUUCACGAGCCCUGGAUACCCGGCAGCCUUUGCUGGCGGUCAGGCAUGCAACAUUAUUGUGAAUCGAUGCAACAAUAUGAUAUGCCAGCUUAGGAUAGACUUCCUAGAUUUUGUCCUAGCUCAACCGAAUGGGGAUGGCGUCUGUAAUGUCGACUCGCUUACGAUAACCGGCGGUAAUACAGUGGUGCCGGUAUUAUGUGGAGAUAACACAGGACAAACCAUCUUCGUGGACUUCAACGGGAACGCAGCUAUUACGAUAACAAUAGCUGCUACAUUGGCUACAACAUUUGGACGACGCUGGAACAUGAGACUAACGCAGCUCGGCUGUGACUGUCCUGGCUUAGCGCCAAACGGUUGCCUUCAAUACUACACUGGCAGGACAGGCACGAUUACCAGCUUUAAUUAUGGAGCGGCUGCUAACUCGGCCCUCAGCGCCUCUUUGGUGACCGGGACUAGGCAAAUUGCUAACACCAAUUACGGUAUUUGCAUUAGAAUGGAGGCUGGCUUUUGUGGAAUACAAUACAGUCAGACUGGUGGUGAUCCAUUUUCGUUUACGUUAACUGGAGACGUCGAAGGCGCCGACAAUACAGUACUUGGGACUGCGGUGGGUUCCGUGAACGGUGUUGGUUGCACAACGGACUUCGUGGUAAUCCCCAACCCCAUAACAACGGCUACAAACGUACCAGUUGGAUCGGACCGCUUCUGUGGUCUUGGUUUUAUACCAGUUACCUCAACACUGAAACCGUUCGUUGUGUACGUGGUGACCAAUGCUAACGAAGGUGCAGUAGGUGGAACGCCACCAGACAUCGCAAACCGAGGAUUCUCUUUGGCAUAUACACAAACUGCAUGUUAG